AUGAAAAUGAUCGAUGUGACGGCGUUCUCGCCGAACGACGUCUAUGUUAUUGUUAAUUCGUUAUGGCAAUUGCAGUUUCCGAUUGUGCCACCAGCCAACAACCCAUCCGAUUCGUCAGCUGGAAGUAGGAUAGCGAGUAUCUUCCGUCUCCGUUCAAAUCCUCUAAAACGGACUAAGAGUGUGAGCAAGAUGGAAAAAUCGCUAGCUGAAGCAAAUCAACAUUUUCUCUCGGGUUGCAUAACCCAAUCGAGAAUCGAGGAGAUCAAGUGA